AUGCCUUACGUAUCUGCUGCUCGCUAUGGCAAGGACAAUGUCCGCGUCUGCAAGGUUGAUCGCGAUGCCGCCACUGGUGUCCAGACCGUCACAGAAAUGACCGUCUGUUGUCUCCUGGAAGGAGAGAUUGAUACAUCCUACACCAAGGCCGAUAACAGUGUUAUUGUUGCCACCGACUCUAUCAAGAACACCAUCCAUAUCACCGCCAAGCAGAACCCCGUCAACCCUCCUGAGCUAUUUGCCUCUAUCCUCGGAAGCCACUUCAUUGAGAAGUACAGCCACAUUCAUGCCGCCAACGUCAACGUCAAGACUGUUCGCUGGUCGCGUCUUGAGGUCGACGGAAAGCCUCAUCCCCACAGCUUUGUGAAGGAUGGCGAUGAAACCCGAAAUGUCGAGGUCCGUGUGAGCCGACAAGAUGGUAUUGAGAUCAAGAGUAACCUUGUUGGCUUGACUGUUCUCAAGAGCACUGGUUCUGCCUUCCACGGAUUUGUUCGUGAUGAGUACACAACGCUCCCUGAGACUUGGGACCGUAUCUUCUCAACCGACGUGGACGCAACAUGGAAGUGGAAGAAGUUCAACACCCUAGCUGCCGUUAAGGACUUUGCGCCCAAGUUCGAUAGUGCUCGGGAGGCAGCACGCAACACCACUCUCAAGAUCUUCGCUGAGGAUGAGAGCGCUAGUGUGCAAGCCACCAUGUACAAGAUGUGUGAUCAGAUUCUUGAGACGGUGCCAGAGAUUGCUACUGUCACUUAUUCACUGCCCAACAAGCAUUACUUCGAGAUUGACCUUAGCUGGCACAAAGGACUCAAGAACACAGGCAAGGACGCCGAGGUUUACGCCCCUCAGUCCAGCCCUAAUGGUCUUAUCAAGUGCGAGGUGUCUCGGGACACUCUGCAGGCAAAACUAUAG